UAUUGAAAAAAUUUAUCUCUAUAAAUAACUGAUGAAGCAGAGGGGUUGGUUAGUGAAGGCAUCGCUCUUCCUGUCACUCCCACUCUCUCUCCACUUCCGGAUUCUCCGCAAAACACCCGGUCAUAUCCAACCAUCAUGCCGUCGGAGAAACACGUCGCGGUUUGCGCUUUCCCUUUCGGCAGCCACCCCUGGGUUCUCGCCAACCUGGUCGGCAAGCUUGCCGCAGCGGCCGCUGACGUCCGCUUCUCUUUCCUAAGCACGGCCAAGUCCAACUCCGCCGUCUUUCCCCCUCCGUCGAGGGCCGCCUUAAUACCGCCGAACCUCAGAGUCUACGACAUCGGCGAUGGCUUGCCGGCUGGCUAUCGCGAGGGGACCGGCGACCCGCGGGAUCCAGCCGAUCUGUUCCUCAGAGCAGCGUCUGCGAGUUUCCAAGCCGGAGUCGAUGCUGCAGAGCGAGAGGCGGGGAGGAAAGUGAGUCUCUUGCUGACGGACGGUUUGCUAACGGUGGUCGCAUGCGAAAUAGCUGAGAAGAUGCACGUCCCGUGGGUCGCGUUCUGGGGUUCAGCUCCGCACUCUCUGUCCAUGCACGUCUAUGCCGACCAGAUCCACCAGCUGAGCCGAAACGCCACCGGCGAAGAAAAGACCCUGGACAUGAUCCCGGGACUGUCCCUCAUGCGCAUGGUCGAUUUGCCGGAGGAACUAGUGAUGGACCCGGACACGUCGACGAUUUGCCGGAUGUUCCGCGAGUUGGGGAAUGUAAUCCCACGCGCGGCCGCCGUCGUCAUGAACUCCUUCGCGGAGAUGGAUCCCGAGCCCCUCACCGCCGACCUUAAGUCCAAGUUCAACAUUUUGCUCCACCUGGGCAUGUUGACGUUGGCACUGUCCUCGCCGCCGAGCCUCCCUUCCUCGGACGAGACCGGCUGCUUGACCUGGCUAGACUCGCGAGGCCCACAAACCGUGGUGUACAUAUCCUUCGGGUCCGGGCCCUUGUCCAGCCCGCCGCCGGACGAGAUAACAUCCCUCGCCGAAGCCCUGGAGUCCACGGGGACGCCGUUCCUUUGGUCCCUAAACGACCGGCUGAGGGCCAGGUGCCUGCCCGGAGGGUUCGAGGAGCGGACGAGCGGGCAGGGGAGGAUCGUGCCGUGGGCCCCGCAGAGGGAGGUGCUGGGCCACCCGGCGUGCGGGGCCUUCGUGACGCACUGCGGCUACAACUCGGUGUUCGAGAGCAUGGCGGCGGGGGUGCCGAUGAUAGGCCGGCCAGUGGCGGUGGACCAGAGGAUAUGCGGGAAGAUGGUGGAGGAGGUGUGGGGGGUCGGGGCGCUGGUGGAGGGUGGGGCCCUGACGAGGGGCGGGAUGGUCAAAGCGUUGGAGGCGGUGCUGAGGAGCGAGGAAGGGAAGGCGAUGAGGGAGAAGGUCGGAGAGCUCAGGCGGAGACUGGUGGAGGUGGCGGGACCAGGAGGGAGAGCUGAAGCUGAUUUCAAGGCUCUCGUGGAGCUCAUCUCUACCUUGUGAAAAGCCACAAGCC